CGCGCCGAUCCAUGGACGAUGCGUCGCCGAUGCCGGGUCUGUGCUUCCCCCCUGAGCCAGGCCCCCCCCCGUAUCGCUGCCCCUCGCUUCCAGGGGCGGAGGCGCCACGAGUUCGCGACCGGGGCAGUGUACGACGGGCAGUGGCUCGGCUCCGAGCGCGACGGGUGGGGGUCCAUGGCCUGGCCGGACGGCAGCCGGUACGACGGCGAGUGGCGCAGGGACAAGGCGACCGGCAGAGGACGCUUCGAGCACUCGCAGGGCGACGUCUAUUGCGGGGAGUGGAGCGAGGGCCUCGUCCAUGGCAGCGGCGCCCUCCGACACAGCGACGGGACUGUCUACCUUGGGCAGUUUGCCAGCGACCUCCAGCACGGGUACGGCGAGGAGGUCUGGUCCGACGAGUCCAGGUUCGCAGGCGAGUUCUCGUGGGGCAGAAAGUCUGGGGGCGGGGUGUACAGGUGGCCCGACGGCUCUGAGUACGCUGGCCAGUGGCGCGAGAACGAGAUCCAGGGCAGUGGCAGUUACAGCGGCAAGGACCGGCGCGCCUUCGAUGGCCAGUGGUCCGCCGGGAAGCUGCACGGCUGCGGCCGCUACGAGUGGGCGGACGGCCGGUGCUUCUCUGGCCAGUACGCAGAGGACCGGAAGUCAGGCUUCGGGGUCUUUUCGUGGAGGGACGGCCGCAGGUACGAGGGCUUCUGGCGCGCCGGCUCGCAUCACGGGGUCGGCAGGCUGUGCAGCCCACCUCAAGGCUCCCUCCUGGCCGAGUGGGACCACGGCAGUAUCCUCAAGCUGCUGGGCCACAGCGGCGCCCACCUCGGGGAUCACGGCCAGGUCGUCAAGCAGCUUGGCCACAGCGACAGUCCGCUAGUGCCUUCUGGCCCGGCAGCGCCCUCUGGCUCAGCACGCACCGGCCAAAGCAACACUAAAAACAGCCACCUCGCGACCAUCCUGAUGGACGGCGUCCAGAGUGUCACCAUGCCAGCGUAUUGAGCCCGCACUUGCUCCCCGGAUCGGGCAACGUCAGCAGUUGGAAGCCAGGUCCCUCUCGCCCUCUCACUCCCC